GUUAACAAACAUGUGCUUCAGUGGACGGCGCAUUCAACGAAUGGGGUUCACCUCACUCAAACUCCUUCGCCUCACUCUUGUAGGAAAAUCGCUUGAAAAUAGCUGGGGACCAAAGCAACUAUGUUCUGCGAGCGAGACCCAGUCUAGCAGCCUGGGUGAAGGUGAAGCUUGGCAGAGCGAGCGGCGGUUGGCAUGGGCAAACCUCAAGUGUUCGGGUACGCGUGCAUCGCCAAGGAGGCUGCCCUGGCUAACAUCUACUGUAAAGCCAAGAAUACAAGCGCCCAAUUCUGUUACCUGUCUCGCUCUACCUACUCGCCGGCUGACUCGCGCCCAAGACGUUGAGCUCUUUUUGUUUAUCCAGCACUAAGAAAAUACGCACCCUCUUGCUUCAUCGCCUCCAUAGAAAGACAACGAAAAGCAGAAAUAGGGGCACCGACCGUCUCGGCCGCUUUGACCUCUACGUUUUAGUCUUGGCCUUGCGCGCUAUCAAGUUUGGACCGUGCUGCCAGGCAGCGGUGCCACAGUCAUGCCUCUGUCAGCGGCAAGCAAGCCUGCCCGAUAACUGAGCUUGACGCAAUGCCUCCGCGGUGGAGCCAAGGCUCUGGGCGUCAGAGGCGCAAUAGGAUGGAGCCAAAAAGUCUCCUGUUAGCUGCUCUGGCGCUAAUAGCAGCGUUGACAGGGAGCCGGGCUGCCUCGGUGUGCGAGGUGGUGCUUGAGGCUGACCCUGCCGAUGGCAUCACGUUGCUGCCUGAAGGAAAAAGGAUCUUCUGCACUGGCGACCCAGUGGCAUUCACGACGGGAUCCAACUUCAUUCCAGACAACAAUGACAACAGCACCUGGCAGCUGACGGGGCCAUUUGGCUCCGCCAGCGUCCAGUUUGACGAUGUACUGAUGUUCCCCGCGGCAUACACGGUCUUGACUGGAGCUUCAGACGUCGUCUUUACCAACAUCACUAUCCGGAACGUGGACUACGGCGGCGACCAGGCCAUAUUUGGACUCAGCAGCUGCACCAACUGUACAAUUCAGAACUUGUACCUGGAGGGCAUGCGGGCUCAGGUCCAAAGCACCAACGUGUUCCUCAUUGACGCCCUCAGCACCGUAACCAUUGAAAAUGCGGUGGUCACAGGCCUGGGUCAGGUGCCUGCGAAUGGCGGCGUGGGCAGCCCAUGCAGCGCGUUGCACGUGCGCGACAGCGAGGUCGUGCUACAAAAUGCGGUGUUCACGAACCUAGCCGUCAACGUGUUCGCCACGGUCAUGGUGUCCGCCGAUCCUUUUACCGCCGGUAGCAGCAGCAAGCUUACGGUGCGCAACACCACUUGGCGCGACCUGACGCUCAGCACGGUUGAUCCGGGCCUCAUUUCGACCUACCAACCGGGCCGUAUUGCGGCCUUGGUCGGCGGCGGUGCGGUGCUUGAGCUGGGCGACGGCGUCAUAGUAGCGAACGUGCAACUGGCGGGCGCAGAUCAAAGCACAGGCAAGCCCGCGGACUCACUGUUCAGCUUUGAUACAGCAGGCGCCACAGUCACUAUCAGCCCCAGCGUGCAGCUCGACGCAGCUGCUGUCAACGCCGGUGCCGUCUUCACGGUGCCGGUGGCCAGCGGCGAGACCAUCGACAGCAGCAGCGCCUGGUUUCCGUACAUGAUGUACGGUGCUACUUUCACUGCCAACGACAUUACACUGUCGCUCAGCGACGUGGCACUGCAGGCUGGAUUGCAGCUGCACGGCACCGGGGCGACGCUCAAUCUGCGCAAUGUGACGAUGGGGCAGCUGACGCUGGACACGCCCGGGCUGACGCCUCUGUCGCUCCGCAACCUGACGCUGUCGGGGCUGGAGCUUCCCAGCUUCAACAACGCAGUCGUGGACAUCUCCGACGUCACGAUCACGUCGCAGCAGCAGCAGCGGCGGCCACUGAUCACGGCUGAGAAUGACUCACGCAUCACGCUGACGGACGUGACUAUCUCCCGCGUAUCUGUUGCACCAGACAACAUCCAGGUGGAUCGCUACAGCGCGGUGCUCCUGCACGCGGACACUGGCACGGUUGCAACAGUCACGCGGCUGACAGUCAGCGGCGUGGACUGGGCACCUCCAAACGACAACGGCUAUUUCUCGGAGACGCAGCUGUUCCGCUCCGGCAACGGCAGCUCGCUGGCAGUCCUGGACAGCAGCAUCAGCGGCAUCAGGUCGUGCGGCACGGUGUUCAGCGCAGUUGACGGCGGCGCGCUGCGGCUGGUGCGCGUGAACAUCAGCGACGUGGACAGCAGCGGCGCGGUGGAGAAGCGCGCGGUGGUGCGGGUGGAGGGCGGCGGCAGCAGCCUCGUGGCCAUCGACACUGCACUGCGCCGCAUCAAUGCCUCAGACAGCACCAACGGCAUUGCUCUGAGUGUGCUCCAGCCGGGCGCCGUCACGCUGUCUGGAUUCAUGCUUGACGGCGUGUACGGGCCCAAAUCCUCGGCGAUCCAGCUUCUGCUGAAGAACAGCACCGCGCCCAUCACGCUGAGCGGCCUCAACAUCCACAGCGCCACGUCAGCGUCGGCGCUGAAGGUGUCGGAGCCAGGCAGCCAGAUCACGGUGCAGCACAGCUUGUUUGAGGACUGCGUCAGCAGCGCGGGCGGCACGUUUGCGCUGACGGGCUGCAACUCGGACAACUCCACCAUGCAGCUGCAGCUGCUCAAUGUGACGUUCAACCGCAACACCGGCGGUAACGAGGGCGGCGGCGUGCAGACGGUCAUGUGCCAUGUGCUGGUUCGGGACAGUGUCUUCACGCGCAACGCAGCCGCCAACCAGGGCGCCGCCAUCUCGCUGCGCCAGGGCAGCCUGACGCUGGAGAACACCAGCUUUGUGUCUAACAGCCUGAGCAGCACAACCGGUGGCACCAACGGCGGCGCCGUCUACGCGGAGCAGUGCGCAGUGUCCAUCACAGCCAGCACCUUCACGCGCAACAGCGCCUUGGGCGCUGGCGGGCGCGGCGGCGGCCUGUUCAUGACCGGCAGCCGCGCCAGCAUCACCCGCUCCACCUUCUUCGCCAACUCGGCCUCGGGCCAGGGCGGCGCCAUGAUGGCGUACCAGACCUGGCUCACGAUGAAUGACUCGGUCGUGGCAGGCAACAUCGCUCCCCUGGGUGGCGGAGUCGCCAUGUACGACGCGGUGCCCAAGGUGACGCUGCUGCAGCUCACCGCGCCCGCGUCGCCCCUGUUGGCGGCGUCGCCGCCUCCGCCGCCCAGCCUGCCGCCGCUGCCGCCCAGCCCGCCGCCCGCACCGGCGGGCAACCUCACCUCAGGCUAUGUGGCGCAGACCACCCUCAGCGACAGCUUCUUUGGAGAGUUCGUGAACACCACGUUCACGCAGAACAGCUGCAGCGACGGGUUGAACAUGGGCGGUGGCGGUCUAUACGUGCGCGAGCAGGUCGAACGCUGGAACGUGCUGGUGUACAAGUGCACGUUUGUCAGCAACAGCUGCCCCAGGGGCGGCGGUAUGCUGUCCGGCUACCUGCAGCGCACUUACAUCGUGCGCAGCGAGUUCCGGCUCAACCGCGCCACCAUUGAGGGCGGCGCUGUGACGAUGACACCUAGCAACGACAGGGGCUCUUAUCUGCUCAUCCAGGAGAACCAGUUCGUAAACAACACUGCCAAGAUUCUGGGCGGCGCCGUGCAGGCCGGCAGCGCAAUGGUGGAGGUGGCCUACAACAACUUCACAGGCAAUGGCGACGGCACCGUGUCCCUGUACGGCGGCGCUUUCUACGCUGAGGCCUGCCAGCUGGUGCCGGGCAUGCCGCCCACGACCGCGAACCUGGACUUCCGAUUCAACACCUGGGAUUCCAACCAGGCGCUUGGAGGUGGGGCCAUUUCUUUCCGGCUUUGUAACGUCACCAUGUACCGCGAGCUGUUUGUGAACAACUACGCGCAUGCUGGUGGUGGCGCGGUUGAGGCUAUCAACACCCUUCAGACACCGCUGACAACCACCCAGCUGAACGAGGUGACCAUGCGGAACAACACGGCCCGCCAGAACGGCGGCGCUAUGUCUGUGCUCGGCACGGGUGUCAUGCUCCUGCACUCAAUCUUUGAGGCCAACAAUGCAUCCAUUGCGGGUGGCGGCAUUGCGGCCCUGGACGCGUCGCCUUCUGCCCUGCUAGUGCUGAAGCGGAAGACCGUGCCCUUCUACACGCCAGAUGAGGAAUACUUCCUGCGGGUGUACAUGGACAACAGCACCUUUAAUAGCAACGUCGCGGAUCAGGGUGGCGGAGCUCUUUACACUGACAGCUGCGGGCUGGUCGUCCAGAAUUCGCGGUUUGACGGCAACAUUGCUGGCGAUGGCUUUCCCAACGACGACUGGUCGGACAGCGGCGGUGCGCUGACGGCUAUCACGGCCUGGAGCAACAUGUACAUCGGCUCCAGCAACUUCACGAACAACCAGGCUUUCGGUGGGCCCGCCGGCGCGAUCUUGCUGGUGGGCACCACGGCCAUCAUUGACGCGUGCAACUUCCACAACAGCAUUGCCUCGACCAGUGGCGGCGCCAUUGCCGCGGCAGACCGCUUGCGCAACGACAGCAACGCCUACAACGUGCCCAACCUUGUGGUCAGGACCAGCACGUUCACAAACAAUAUUGCCAGGCGGCAGAACGGCGGCGCGCUGCUGGCGACGGGCAUGAACGCCACCACCUUCACCAGCACGUUCAAGCGCAAUGUUGCGGGCGGAAAUGGAGGUGCUGUGGCCUUCCUCAACAACCUCGACGCUGGCUUCAUGGCCAACUGGUUUGAGGCCAACUCAGCAGACCAGUACGGCGGCGCGACCUACGUCGUCAACACGCCCAUCGUGUCCGUGCUUACCACCACCUUCCUCAACAACCGUGCCAACCGCACCGGCGGCGCGCUGAGUAUGAUCAGCUGCAACUGCACGCUCACGGCGCAGAGCACCUUCGAAGGCAACUGGGUGGGCGGCCGCGGCGGCGCGGUGCACCUGCAACCAGUGGACAAUGAUGAUGGCAACACCAACACGCUGGCCGAGUCGGCCGACUGCGUAGGCCACUUCCUGUCCACCAUCCGGCGCAUGCUAACUCCCGAGGGCUUGGCGCUGCUGGGCACAGUCGACACGCGCGUGGAAACCUACAACGCCACGAUUGUGUACGACGGCGCGUCGCUGCAGGUCAUGACUAUUGGCCAGUUCGGCCGCGGCGGCUUACGGCUGCCCACGCCGGUCUUGUCCGGCCCGGGGCAGAUCACCGGCUUUGACACGCAGGUCAACCUGGCGGCGGGCAGCAGCGUCAAGUUGGCGUCCGGCAGCGCCUUCGCCUUCGCCGACUGGGACCGCUUCACGGUGCAGAUGGACGGCAGCAGCACGCGCCUGGUGUACCUGGACGGUGCGAUCACCACGCCGCUGUCGCCUGGCGAGGUGGUGGUACUGGCGCCCGGCAGCGCGCUGACAGCGCUCAGCGACUCCAUGUCGCUGCUCCCCACCAACACCAGCAUGGCGCUGACCAACGGCGGCACAGUCUGGAAGCUGCUCAACGGCACCUUGCUGAGCGCCGACAACACCACCGCCGCGCUCAGCGUCGUGCCCGGCGCACGCACCCGCAUCGGCCUGCUGGAUGGGUCCAUCACGGUGUCGGACUGGAACCGUUACGUGUUAUGGACGUACGGCAGCGGCAGUUACCUGUACGACGUGGUGACAGGCUCCGCACGGGCCCUGCCGUACGCCGACGUGAGCGUGGCCAACGGCAGCCCGCUGAUGCGGCACAGCGCCGCCGACGCAGAACUCACAGCGCCGCUGGGGAUCACCACCAGCGCAGACCCUGCCAGCGGCGGUGAGGCCUGGGGCCUCAGCAACGGCACGACGCUAAGCAUCAAUGGCGCUACCCAGAUCGCGGUGUCAGCGCUGCUCGCCAACGGCAGCACGAUGCAGAUUCGCCGCGGCAGCAGCCUGGCGCCGCGGAAGUGGGCUGGCUACACGGUGACGCUGUCGUCUGACAGCCCCGCAACACUGUUGUCCCUACCGUCGAUCGUAUCCAGCGCUGAGGUGUCGUCCGCUCUCCUCAUGGGCAGCGUGGUGAGCCUGCCUGAGGGCAGCGCCGUCUCGCGCCUCACCUCCUCCAUGGCCAUGCUGCCCGCCGGCACCUUGAUCAACCCUGACGGCGGCUCGUGGGUGCUCAACAACGGCAGCGCGCUGGCGGCCACCGGCGGCAACGUGGCUGCGCUGCUUGUCCUGCCGGCAGGCACAACCGUGGCGCUAUCGGAUGCUGACGUGUUCACUGUGGGGCCGAGCGAGUGGAACCGCUACUCGCUGUGGACGGGCACGAUGGGCACGCUGCUGCACAACACCAGCAGCGGCGAGGUGUUUGUGCUGAGCGACUCAGCCGCCGUCAGCCUGACGCGCGCCGCGCCGCUGACGUGGCACUCGGACAAGGCGGUGGUGGGCCGCCAGGCCACUUUCACCGUGUCCGGCAACACCUGGACCCUUGGCGGCUCACUCAGCGGCAGCUACACGCGUGGCGGCAGCGUCGUGGGGUGCUCCUCGGUGCUGAGCCGUGACAGCCGCAUCGCCAUGCCCAAUGGCACCACGCUAGCGUCGUCGGAGUGGUACCGCUACCUGGUGUGGAUGGCAGCGGACGGCACGUACCUGUUCGAUUCGCUCACGCUCAGCAACGCCAAGCUGCCGGACGGCACGUUGGUAACGCUGACCGGCAACAGCGUCAUUUUCCCGCACGACAGCGGCACUACGAUGGUGGCGGCCGGUGGCCAGACGCUCACGGUGCAGCCGGGCGCGUGGCAGCAGUCAGGCGGCGGCAGCCUCAGCCCUAGCGGCGACGUAACGUCUGUAGUGGUGGUGCCAGCCGAGGGCAGCAGCAUCUCUGUGGGCGGGCCGGCGGGCGCCAGCGGCGCGCUGCCGCUGGUGCCGCGCGUGGGCUCCAGCAUUGUGUGGCUGAGCAGGAACGGCAGCCAGCUGGUGGACUCGGCUCUGUCCGUAACCUACCGCCUCGUGACCGGCUCCUCCGUCCAGCUGGCGGCAGGUAGCCUGUUGCUGAACCACGGUAGCUCCACCUCAAUCAUGUCCGACGCUGUCAACGUGACAUUGCAGCAGGCCGGCGGCUCGCAGGCCUGGUCCUUCACUGACGGCCGCACUCUGUCCGUCGGCAGCGGCGUCACCGUGCUGGCGCUUGCACCGGCGCCGCUGAGCAGCGUCGUGUUCAACAACCCCACCACGAUCCCCAUCGCCGUUAGCGCGAAGAACGGCGUCUGGGCGGGCCGGUACAGCACUCUGCUCUACAGCCUCGAGGUUGAGGGCAGCUACACCCUGGCUGAGGGCAGCGAGGUUACUGUGGGCGCCAACACGUCCCUGAGCAUGUACAUCAACAAGCGCAUUACCAUUGCGUACUGGGACGCGCCCGACACCUUCAUCGUCAGGGGCCGCGAGUGGGUGCUGACCAAUGGCACGCGCAUCUCGGUCGGCGACGGCUGGAACGAUGUGGAUGACUCGCAGGUGAUCACACACGUGCCCAGCAUCACAGAGAUGCCUGACGAGAUCAGCCGCUCCUGCUCGGCCGACUUCACCAACGGCGUCUACCAGAAGGAUGCCUAUGCGUACGACUAUUACGCGCUCCGGGCCUUGCUGAACCCCUGGCUACAGCCUGACUUCGAGACUAACGUCGCGCCACAAGUGGCGGCCGCCGCCACCGGCCUGUCCCUGGCGGAUACCGCUGGCUUCAACGCCACGAUGCUCAUUCCCGGUUACACGCUGCCGACCUUUGACAACGCCGGCCGGCCCAUCGGGGCCAUCGUGACCUGCACGGCCACCUCGGCCCCGCCCGCCACCAGCCGCUCGCGCGGCCUGAGCACGCUGCUGGUGGACGUGGUUGCCUGCGGCAAUGUGGCGGACAUGAAGGGAGGCGUGAUGGUGGUGGAUGGCGGCCAUGGCCGUGUGCUGCUGGACCGCCUGGUGUUUUACAACAACUCAGUGACGCGCGGUGACGGCGGGGCUCUGGCGCUGUACCAGGACGACGACCAACUUAACAUGCAGCUGGAGGUCUUCAUCACCAGCAGCAACUUCUCCAACAAUGCCGCUAUGUCGGGCACGGGUGGCGCGCUGUCGCUGAUUGCCGACAACAUGCAUCAGCAGGUGUCCGUGACCAACACAACCAUCGACGGCAACCAGGCCGCGAUGGGCGGCGGCAUCUCGCUGUCCCACAACAUCUCAGCCGUCUUCAACAGCUCCGUCAUCUCCAACAAUGUGGGCAACGCCUCGGCAAUGCAGCAGGGCGCCUCCGCCAACGUGGCCAACGACCGCAACGUCGGCUCCGGCGGGGGCAUCAUGGCCUACCGCUGCAACGAGCUGCUGCUCACGCACGGCACGCGCGUCGAGAACAACACAGCCUCCGCACGCGGCGGCGGCGUGGGCGUGGUGUCGUGCGCUCUGGCCACUGUCAACAGCACACUGUUGCAGGGCAACCGGGCGCAGAGCGCGGGCGCCGUCUACUUGUACAACAGCCUGCCGGUGAGCGGCACCUACAAGCCCGAGGACCCCGUGGGCGCGAUGAUUGCGGUCGUGGCCAAGAGCAACUUCACCGACAACGUGGCGGUGCCCGCGCCAGACGCCGUGAUGCUUACGGAGGGCUUUGGCGGCGGCAUCUACUUGCGCAGCCACGUGUCCACGCUGCUGGCGGACUCGUACUUCAAGGGCAACAACGCCUCGCUGCAGGGCGGCUCCAUCUUCAUUGAGUCCACCUGUGACCUGAACGACCAGUCUUGGUUCCUGGAGCGCAACAGGUCGGCGGUGACGGCCUUCACCUCGUCCUCCGUCAGCUUCGCCAACACGGUGCAGGCGCUGCAGGUGGUGCGGCCCAAGGGCUGCUGGGGCACGGUGGUGUACCUGCCCCAGUUUUACAACAACGAGGCGCUGCUGAGUGGUGGCGCGCUGUUCUCCUCGCACCCCGAGGCGCUGUCGCUGUCUUGCAACGACGCCAAUGCCACGCAUGCCUCCUCCAACCUGCCCAUCGACUACGCCGACUUUUCUGAGCCCUACCUGGCCGGUCGCGUCGCCGAGACCAUGAAGAUGGCCUCGUUCCAGGUGCUGGACAACAAGGUGGUGGCCACCUGCUACCGGCAGGAGCUGGAGAGCUUGGACGUCAACGCCACCGACCUCACCGGUAACACGCUGUCCACGUUGGUGGUCAACGACAACCGCGCCAAGGGCUACGGCUACCUCAUCGCCAUCGUGCCCAGCAAGUUGCGCAUCAUCAACGUCAACUGGACAGGCAACACCUCGAACAUGGCUGGCAUGGACAGUUCCUCCUCCGCCAUCAGCAACGUGUGGCCGGGCGCCACCGGCUCCCUGGACGGGCUGUACGGCACCGUGUCCACGGAUGCAGGCGUUAUGGCGUUGGACGGUGGCUCGGGUAGCGCCGGCGGCAACUCCAUUACGGCGGGCACGCUGGCCGAGGCGCCGUUCUUCAGGUCGUGGCCCGAUAGCGUGUUCGACAACGACACGCAGACGGACCGCCGCACUGUGAGCUACCACAUCACCACGCUCUCCAAUAAGCCACUGGAUCUGUCCAUCUUGCUUCUAGAUGCGCUGGACCAGGUGGCGUCAGAGAACACCACGCUGCGCCAGGCGCAGGUGCGCGCGCGCUACCUCAACUCCAGCAACGGCUGCUUUGCGGAGCUGCUGGGCGGCAUUGAGGGCGUGGCGCGCAACGGCACGGCUGUCAUGAGCGCCAUGCGCCUACGCGCGCUCAAGGGCGACAACUACACCAUCCAGUUCAAGGUGGAGGACUCGAUCUUCUCCGGAACGGUGGAGCCGCUGACGAUCAACAUUUCAGUGCCGGCCUGCAGCAUCGGCGAGGUGCCGCGUGACAACGGCUUCCUGUGCCAGAAGUGCGACCCCCGCUCCUUCAGCCUGUGGCAGGACACGGAGCCGCUGGUCAACUGCACCUACCCCGCCAUUUCCGACAUCACCUGCCAGCCCUGCCCCGACGGCGCCGAGUGCCCGGGCGGCGCGGUGGUGGUUCCCAUGCAGGGCUACUGGCAGUCGGCCGCCAACAGCACCUUCAUGAAUGCAUGCCCUAACCCGGAGGCCUGCCGCGACGGCGACGACGACAUGCAGAAUAUGCUGGUCACGUGCCAGGAGUGGUGGUACUCGCGGCCGGCCGACUUCAACUACACAGCCUACAUCAACUUGGUGCUGAACCUCACGGACGCAGCCUCCAACACGUUCGGCGGCUUCAGCGCGCUCACGCUGAGUGGCGAGGCCUUCAACGCCUCCAACCUCGACGACCUGUGUGUGCUGUGGGGCCUGCCCUACAACCACCCCGCCUCCUACGCGCGCAAGCAGUGCGCCACCGGCUACAGCGGCAACCUGUGCGCGGUGUGCAUCUCGGUGGACGGCCGGCACUACACCGGCCCUGGCGACUUCUCUUGCAACGAAUGCUUCGAUCGCACCAUCAGCGUCCUGGUGGCCGUGGCUGGCUUCGUGGCCAACGUUGUGACCGUGCUGGUGACUGUGAUCCUCACCUUCAUGGCCGACUACACAGAGGAUGAGGACAUGGCGAUCGGCGACCUGGUCAAGGUGCUGAUCGUGCACAUCCAGUUCUUCUGCAUCGUGACGCGCCUCAACAUCAACUGGCCCACCUCCGUCAGUGGAUUCACCGGCCUGCUGUCCGCGCUCACUGGCGCCGUGACUGAGGUGUACUCUCCCAGCUGCCUGCUGGACGAGAGCGCCACACCGGCUGAGAUGGCGCGCAUCGACCAGCUGGCCGCGAUCAUCACGCCGCUGGUAGUGGUGAUUGUGGUGGCGGCGUUGUGGCUGGUGCGCUUCGGUCUGUUCAACUUCCGCCAAAUCGCAGGCGGCCAGACGGGCCAGGAGCACAUCAAGGACAUGCGCACUAUUGAAGAGUACAAGCAGGACCGUGCAUCGCGCGUGGCGCAGCGCCGGCUUGCGGAGCACCUGGGCGAGGAGGCAAUGGGCACAUUCGGCGAGGAGGAGUUCAACAACGCGAUGGAGGACGGCAGCCAGCAGGGCGAGGACGGACUUGACCUACAAGCUGGCGACAUGGAUGGGCAGCGGCCGUCGCACAUGGUGCGCGAGAUGCGCCGCCGCAUGAUGGCGGAGCACCAGGCAGAGCCGGCAGCUGCGGCUGCGGGCGAGGACAACAAGGAGGAGAAGGAGGAGGAGGAGCAGCAGGAGCAGGAGGGCGGCCAGCAGAAGCCGCUGGCGGGCGUCAGCAGCCGCGAGUCCUCGCCCGACUCGGCAGUGGUGGAGGCAGCCACGGUGGGGCUGCUCAUGGACAACGAGAGCGAUGAAGACAGCAAGGGCGUGAUGAUGCCGCCGCCCCCCGCGGCGCCGCUGCCGCCGCCGAUGGCUCCGCCGCCAGUGGGGCCGCCGACGCAGGACCAGUCGCCUGCCAACUCUGAGGCGGACGCGCAGCCCAACACCCCGGGCGCGGCGGACGCCAUCUCCGCCGCGGCGGCAGCGUCUGUUGCCAUGUCGGACCCCGCGCUGCCGCAAGCGGCGGCGCCAGGGCUACCACCGCUGCCGCCGCGCGGCAGCGGCACCUCGCCGACGCCGGCGUCCGGCGCCACCGCCGCGCCUGGCGAGGCUGCCCCCACAGGCGGUGUGGGGAUUCCGACCCGCCGCCCGUCGGUCGGCGGCCUCAAGACACGUGUCUCCAUCAAGACCGGCCGCUCCCGUGUGUCUUUCGAUGACCAGGCGCUCAGCGGCGGCACGCCGAGCUCCGAGACUGGCACGCCCUCGCACCGCACCAUUGUGCUCGCCAACGCCUCCACCGACCGAGGGGGGCUGGUGCCGCCGCCGCCGGCCAGCACGCAGCGCACGUCAUUCCGCGCCGCCGCCGCGGCCGGCCUGUCGCUUGGCGCCAUCCACAACGCCGCCUACAACUCGGACUCGGGCUUCAGCACGCCCACCGGCCGCGACCGGCGCCCGCCCUCGCUGCCCACCAUCCCCAGCCUGGGCCGCGCAAAGGUUGCGGUGGCGGCCGCGGUGGCCAAGGCCGCCUACGACGCCGAUAGCGCCAGCGCUAGCAUUGAGGGCGCGGACGUCACAGCAGAGGGCGGCGACAUCGAGACCGGCAACGGCCGCCACGGCGCCAGCUGCCGCGCGUCACCGUUGGCGCCCAAGUCUGUCGCCGGGCCUAGCCGCCUCAAUGCGCAUGCACGCAAUCACGGCAGCGGCGGCAGCGGCCGAGCGGUGCCCGCGCCUGACUCCUCCGGCUCGGGAGACCCUCUGGUCCAUGGGUCGGAGAGCCAGCGGGGCAGCUUUGGCCCAAAGGCACCAGGCAGCUUUGGUGGCAAGGCAGCCGGCAGCUUCGGCAGCAAGCCGCCGGCGCUGACGGAGCGGCGCACCAGCAGCAUGCUGGCCAUGAAGCAGCGCCUGACCGCCAGCACUGUGUGGGUGCGCAACUUCUUCAAAUACGAUGAGGAGGCCGUGGAGGAGGGCGAGAUCCGCUGGGCCUCGCUGGCCAACAUCGACCGCACCAUGACGUGGUGGCGGCAAGUGCUGCUGGUGGUCAUGAUCGCCUGCUUCAUCCUCUACCCCGCCUGGGCGCAGGCCACACUGAUGAUCUUCGCCUGCUACUAUCUGGAUGACGGCUCCGGCGCCUACCCCGAGUACCAGCUGGCGCAGUGGGGCAAGGGCUAUUGGCUGCUCAACAUGAACCAGGAGUGCUACGCCGGCGAGCACGCGGCGCUGUGGAUCCCCAUCGGCGUGGUGUGCAUCAUCGUCAUCUGCCUGGGCAUCCCGCUCCUGACCUUCAUGGUCACCUUCAUGCACCGUACCACGCUGGACACAGUGCACGUGGUGCAGACGUAUGGCUUCCUGUACCGCCGCUACAACUACGACCGCUACUUCUGGUGGGAGGCGGUGAUGCAGCUGCAGACGCUGCUGCUGGUCAUUGUGGACGUGUUUGGCCGUGUGCUGGUGGUGUACCAGCAGGCGGUGCUGCUCAUGAUCGUGCUGAUGCUGAUCAUGUGGUCGAACAUGUUCUAUCAGCCGCUGAAGCACGAGAUCCUGGACCAGAUGAGCAGCAUGUCGUUGGCGGUGCUGUCAUUCACCGUGGCACUGGGUCUGUUCUUCGUGCCACCCACCGACCGCAAGGACCCCGUCACGCCGGUUGCGGGCGCCGCCAUCGGUGGCCUUAUCCUGGCUAUGAACAUUGCCCUGGUUGUUUACUUCGUCUACGUCAUGCUCACCCACGGCCGCGAGGCGAUCACCCGCGGCGUCACCCGCGCCCGUGAGCACAUGCUGGUAGCUACCAGCAAGAUGCACAUGGGCCUGACGGUGGUGCGCGACCGCGUGUCAAACGGCGCGCACAAGCUGCGCGCUCUCACCAGCCGGAGCCUGACGAGUGUGCAGUCGAAGAUGCGUCACGUGUCCGAUCGACGCCGCAGCGGCAGCAACAGUGGGCUUGUGCCGACACCGCCGACGAGCAAUGUAACGCCGGACACCUGAACUAGUUGUCAGGGGUCAGGCGACCACUGUACCUGCAGCUUGUCAGCAGCUGGUGCGGCGCAUCGCGUAGCUGCUGAGUUUGAACAAUGCGCGUUUAGCUUUAUUCCUUUCAUAAUAUUCGUCGGCUAGUGACGUUUUGCGCUGACUACCUCGUGAACUUGAUGACACUUCGUAGGCAACUGUGGCAGCCCCUGCCUGCAGUUGGCGGCACCGCUUACACGUGUGACCAAUGUUGUGUGUAUGGCUCGGCUGCUAUGUUUCUAUGUCCUUGGGCUGCGGCUGAGCACGCCGUUUGUAUGGUGACUGAUCGACGCUACAAGUAUCGCAUGCUCCCGCAGCGUUGCUGUCAUCGCAUUGUGCAAGUCGGAUUGACGGUCGGAGGAUUGUACAGUGCCCUCCACGGGUGCGACAUGCCCCCACGGUAUUUAGGGCCAUCCGUGGCUCUCGCCAACGCGGCGUCCCCAAACGCCAAAGCAAUGUGUUGAGUUUGCGCCUAGAACAGACGACCACUCAGGACGGUGUAAGAGGGCUAGCGCUGAGACGGAGGAUUGUACAUAGACUUUGCGCACUGGCACUUAAGAGGCCACAAUAUUGAAUGGCAGGGUGGUGUAUGCACAUGGCUACAAACAUGGCUGGCGGCGAAAGCCAGGGCGGCGGCGGCGAUGGCGUUGCGGGGGCUCAACGGCGAGUGCUGCAGGUGCAGAGACACCCAGGUCGCCCAGCACGUGCACGGCUUCUGCAGGCGGUGCUACUGGCAGCGGCACUACACGAAGCUACUGUGAACGCACGUACAUGGCUUUUGAUGCACGAGUGUGACCGAGCGUUGACCUUGCCUAAAGCGACUAUGCGGCGACCGUGCCAUGAAGGGCUGGCAUGCGGCCUUGCUUCCGCAAGCCCUGCCCUAGUUGUAGGACGGAUGAGACGCGGCUAGGAUGUGUCAGGCGUGUAUGUACGUGACUGAAUUUCAUGUAUCGUGCGCCCGGGGUUUUAUGCACCUUCGUCCAUGAUCACCUGGCAUGCUGUGUCAGGCGUAGCGUUAGCCAUCGGAAUGCUGGAUUAAGAAACUGGUGGAGUGCUCCACGCACGUCUGAACUCGUGAUGGGUUGUAACAGCCCGGCACU